CCUCCACCCGCAACCCCAUCACCGCGCAUCUCCCCGGGCCGCAUACAUUCCUCCAACCGCCCACGAUGAACACUACUCGCUUCCUCCGCCCCUUCGCCAGGGCCGCCUUCCGCGCGCCCACUGCCGUCCGCCCUGCUGUCAUGGCCCGCCCCGCGCUUGCCAGCCAGCAGCAGAAGAAGACCCCCGAGGUCGGUGCCCAGCAGAUGACCAUCCUCAAGUCGGCCAUGCCCCAGCUGAUCCCCUUCUUCUUCGUCAACGAGACCACCGUGGCGUUCGUCCUGCUCCCCACCCUCAUCUACAUCUUCUCCAAGUACAUCCUGCCCCAGCGCGUUCGCCUGUUCGCCGCCCGUCUGUUCAUUAGCAAGUUGUAAGCGGGUAUCGAAACGAAGUAAAGAUAGCGAGGAGGAGAUGUGUACAAAUAGUCGACAUGUGCUCAUAGACAAUCGAAUGGCAUGAGGCCUUACACGGAGAACAAUGUCUUGGCAGCGAUUGCGGCAGAACACGCAUCUAUGGGGCUGUCAUCAGAUCUAUCUCAUGUGCUAAUCACGGGUAGAAAAACAUCGAAUUGAUCACCAAAGUUCCACAAGCGCUUCCCUAGGCUCUACCAAGCACCGCCGGUAAAUGACGCCCACCGUCGAUCGACCACCAAGGACACCUAGGGCGCCAUCGAACAGCCACCACUGUGAUUAAACUAUCACAGACUUGUAACAGCGGAUAUUGGCUAACGGGCACCGACCAAGUUGA